AUGGCUGAUCUUCCAUUGGCCACCAGAGCAAAGUUGGUUGCAAUUGGAGCUGUUGUCUCAUUUUCCUCCAUUUUCCAAGUAAGUCAAUUUGCAAGGAAAUUUCGCUAAAGUCCCUACUAGUUUUUGAUUGGACUUGGGAUUCUAUAGGUCGAAAUUUGGCAAAAGUAUUGCAAAUUUCUGGGAAUUUUGAUAUGACGAGAUACGUUCCUACAGAGAGCAGUGUUUUCACAAAAAAACAUGUUUUUUGUAACUGACAAAGAUGGCUUUUUUCUCUCGGACCUCCCUCCACGUUUUGCGUACUCUCUCGGCCGUGCAGCUCCUUCAAUAUCUUGGCUGCCCCUGCAAAGCGCGAGAUAACAUUUGCAGGUGUUGGUAUGUGGUCCGCGCUCGACGUGUGUGCAAAAUUGCAAGAAAAUCUGCGUCGCACUUGAGGCCUUUGCUUGACAUACCUCAAACAUUUUUGCAAGUAUUACAACGUCAAACUUAAUACCAUAAUUUUUGUUUCCCAACAAGGCCUUUUAAUUUAUUUUUUCAACAACACUUCUUUCAGAUGGGAUAUUCAAAUGCGUAUGUCAACACGGCAAUUGAUGGGUUUAAAUCGUUUAUCAACCAAAGUCUGACGGACCGAAAAAUUCAUUUUUCUGAGUCAUCAUUCACUUGGCUUUGGUCCACCUUUCUUAACUCAUGGUUUCCGGGGUUCGCCAUUGGCGCGUGGAUUGCUGUUCCGUUGACUGAUAUCUAUGGAAGAAGAUGUAACUGUUUUUUGUCAAUUUAGACAAAUUUUUUGUAUGCAGGCCACCUGUUUGGCAAGCUGUUGCACUGGAUAAAAACACUUUGCCCAAACUAAGGGCUGGGACCACACCUAUGCCUAAAUCAGCGCGCUAGGCAACAAAAAAUCAUAUAUAAUGCAGUACGAUCGAAAUCUUACCAAAUUUCUUUUCAGCUGGGCUAUUGUUCGGAAAUGGCGCUGUUACUCUUUCGGUGAUUCUAAUGACUCUGGGUCCUUUUUUGGACUUUGUCGAGCUACUGAUUUUGGGCCGAUUUUUCUCCGCCGUUGGGUCUGGCGUCUCAAUGUGCUCGUUGGUCAUAUUUUUACAGGCAAGUUGGAUUACGAAGAGGGCUAGUUCUUGAUGGGUGAUAUUUUAAGGAGAUUAAUGAAAUGAAUUAAAUUUGUAUGACUUUGAAUCUUAAAGUGUGACUAUUUGCCUUCAUUUUUAUUGUAAGCUAAAAAAUUUUUAGGAGAUUGCCCCUAAUUCAAUGCGUGGGACACUCGGCUUCUUUGCAGAGACCGCGUUUGUUGCGAUGAAUGCUGUAGGAGCUGUGGCGGGAAUGUCGUUCGUUCUUGGUAAUCACAUCACAGUACUCAUCGGAUUAGCAGCUAUUCCUGGCGUCUUUUCCUUUUUGGCUGUUCUGCCGCUGAAAGAAUCACCAAAAUUUCUGUUGUUGAAAAAGGAUGACUUUAACCGAUCUUCCGAGGCAGUUCAAUUCUAUCAAAAUGUUGGUAAGAUAAUCACAAUAAGUUUACAUUCUCCGGACAUUUUUUGUGGAGUCGAAUAGCAAUUCUAGAUCAUCAUCACGCGCAGUUAGUGUUGAAUAAGAUUCGGGAAGAGUCUUUGGAUUGUAAUAGCAGUCUGAAGGUGGUCUUAAAAACACCAUCUACACGUAAAGGGCUCUUUAUGGGAAUCCUAGCUCUGCAGAUCACUACAUCAAUAUGGCCGGUGGUUUUUUUGUCAACGGAAUUUAUGGUCCGGGCGAAUAUUUCGUCCGAACUCGCCGAGUAUGUGUCAUCAACAAUGCUGGUUGUGAGGUAAGUGUAAAGAUUUCAUUUACCUCGUUAGCAUUCUAAUAUUAUCGUCUCUUGUUCGAAAUCAAUCAAAUUCCACAGAGAAGCCACGUUUCUCCCAUUUUGUCUCAAAGCGUAUCUACUUUCAGCACAUUAUCAACCUGUUGUGGAAUGAUUAUUAUCGAACGACUCAGCCGUCGAAACCUUUUCCUAGCCGCAAGUUUUGUGAACAUCACGGCAUUAUUACUUUUUGUGGUAUUCUCCCAAUUGCAGCCGUACUACGACAAAGGCAAAUACGGUUGCAUAGUAGCCGUCUUUCUGCAUGGAAUGUCAUACAGGUGACGAAUAAAUAAAAAAAUCUUUCAUAGGAAUACUCAAAUAGCCGCACAUUAAUGCCUGAAACUUUUAGCUUCUCGGAAUCACAAAAGAAUUUUGAACGGUAUUCUUUACGAGAGAGCACUUGAAAUGAAGAGAGAAAAAAUGUGAUUUGCCCAUAGCUCUUUUGUUUCUCAACGGAAUUUAUUAAUUUCUUGCACACAAGAAAUUACAGUACACUGUACGUCAAACUGAGAUAAGCUAAAACAGUCCGGUGAAUGGAUUGGCCACUUGCCAAAAAAAGACGCGAAAAAACGUUUUGUCGGGAAAGAAAUGGGGAAUUUUUGGGACGAGAGAGUACGUUUUUGCGUGUCUUUUUUCUCUCUUUCUCUGCGAAAUCAAGACGAAGUGUAAAAAACCGAUAGCGAAGAGUCUAUUCCAGUCACCGGACUCCUCAGUUUGACGUGCACCGCGCUAUAAAAUGAGCCUAACUAUAGAAUCUCAAAUCGCACAAAAACUUUCAACUUUUGACAAAAACCUCGCUGAUUUCCGGACAGUGGAAGCAAAGAAUCUCGCAAAUGUUUUUAAAAUUAUGCCUUAAAUUUGAGAUCCCUGGAAAGAUCUCCUUUACAGAAUAUAAUACACUCAGUGCAUUUGCUUUUUAGCCUCGCAACAGGUCCAAUCGCUUGGUUCCUCGUGUCCGAAUUAGUUCCAACAGAAGUCCGCUCACUUUGCAGUUCCGUUGCACUCGCAUUGAAUCAUGUCAGCGCCGCAUUCUUGACAUUCUUGGUUCUGCCCGUGUACAAUCAUUUGAACUCUCUUUCAUUGUUGAUCUUGUUCGUUAUACCAUCGUAUUGCUGCUUACUUAUCCUAUACUUCAAUUUGCCGGAGACAAAGGGCCGCGACAUUGCGGACAUUGUUAAAGACUUAGGCAAUGAAAAUGAGGAAAAAUACGAGUUGAAAGAAUAA